CCUUGGUGUAGUCAGGACCGUCUCAGCACCCCGGCGUCGCCUGGUGUGUGUUACGGCAAGGCUUGUUGUCGCUGCAGUUCGUCGGUGCUCUCAUAUGAAAGCGUUUGUCUGUUUUACAUUAGAUUGCCAGACCAGAGACUGAGGAAAACGCAAAGUUAUUUGUAUCAUUUGAAUGCGUAGAACGUGUUUAACUAGUGUGUGUGUUAACGGCAAUGUUAAAAGGAACAGUUCAAGAAGAAAUUGUGUUCAAGGAAAGAAACAUUAAAACAAACACAGUACAAAAGCGGCUUACACGUGAGAGGUCCAGCCGUCAGUAAAUACCAUGUGAAGUGAAUGUGAAGUGUAAGAUUUGUUACUGGUGACCGUGCCAGAUUGGGUCAUCGUGCAUCACCACAGACAUCACAUAUGGAGGAGGGGAGGUCAGCACCCUCCACGACCCACGCCCACGGGCUGGUCAGUGAUGGCGAUGAAGCCUCGGCGAACAUCUCCAACCACGCCCACAGCCUGCUGGUCGUGGAGGGGGAAGGCUUACCUGUGAUCGCAGGACUCAUUCACGAAUCGGAGAGAGAAGACACCGAAUCACCAAAUCUGGAUAGCUUGCUGUCUUUGUUGAGACAUGAGAUCGAGUCUCCAGCCACAGAGUUCAUCGGCAUUCUGGAGACUGGAAUGGGUCAAGAGAGAGCCUCACCAAGUUCCGAUAGUUUAGAGGUUCAGGUGGAGCAAGGGGAGAGAGAGUCACCUACAUUCGAUAGCUUGGAAAGUAUAAUGAGCGACAGAGAAAGAGAAUUACCAUAUCUUGCAGUUUCAAGGCUGUCGUGUCGAAUAGGGGAAGCGAAGUCUGCGAGUUCCGACAGCCUUGAGGAGGUUGCAGGAGUUAAGGGCAACACUUCAGAUGAAAGCUUCGACAGCCUUGACAGUGUCACAAGGAAAAGAAAAGGCAUAGCAACGAGUUUCGACAGUCUGGAUGGCUUCGCAAGGGGAAGUGCAAAGGAAUCACAAAGUUCCGAUAGUUUGGAAAAUUUAAUGGAAGACUCAGGCGAAUGUUCACGAAGAAGAAAUGGCGAGGGGGACAAGAAGGGAUCUCAGACUUUCAUCAGUGAAAUGAAAGUGGCUUACACUUUUAAGAAGGGGAAGCGGUCAGGAGAGUGGAAAAUCCCCAAAUCCUUUAGCAGUAGUGCGACGGAAAGCGCUUCUGCAAAAGGGGACUCUUAUGACGCCAGAACACCUUUGGGAAUAAGAACGAGAACUCAGAUCAUCGAUAUCCAUGUGUCAAGUGAAGGUGAGUCUCCGGGUUCUGACAGUCACACCACUAUUGGAGGAGGGUCGUCAAAGUCUGACACGUACACUGCAAUUCAGGAGUCUCCCGUUUUCGGUAGCCGCACGACUGUUGGGGGAGAGACUGGAAGUCAUGACAGCUCAACGUCCAUUGGAGGAAAGACUAGAAGUCAUGACAGCUCAACGUCCAUUGGAAGUGAGACUAAAAGCCAUGACAGUUAUUCAUCUGCUGGAGGAGAGACGAAAAGUCAUGACAGUUACUCAUCUGCUGGAGGAGAGACGAAAAGUCAUGACAGUUACUCAUCUGUUGAAGGACGGACUAAAAGCCAUGACAGUUAUUCAUCUGCGGAAGGAGAGACUAAAAGCCAUGACAGUUAUUCAUCUGCGGAAGGAGAGACUAAAAGUCCUAGCAGGUAUUUAUCUGUUGGGAGAGAGACCUCAAGCCCUGACAUAUGUACGUCUAUUACUGGAGAGACUAAAAUUCUUGACAGUUAUACAUCUGAUGGAGGAGUAACUGGACUUGACAGUUACAUCGAAACAGAAUCACUAAUUUCCUUCAACAUCAGAACAGCCGAAGGAGACUCCGUAAUUAAUGAUAGCAUAAUAACAGUUAAAAGAGAGUCUCCAGUUUCUGUCGAUCAUAUAGGUGAAGGGGAACCUCUAAGCCACAGCAGUUACACUCCAGGUGAAACAGAAUCCCCGGUACCUAAAAGUCACACAAUUAUCGAAAGAAGGUCCCCUACCCCUGUCACUGACACACCGGCAGAUGUAGAGUCUUUAGUUUCUGACCGUUUUAGUACCAGAGAAGGGGAAUCUCCAAUCCCUAACAGUUACAAUUCCAUUGAAGAAGAGUCUUAUGCCUCGGGCAGCAUCAGGCCUGAUAUGGAGGAGUCUUCAGACCCUGAAGCUCAUACACCGUCCUCUGUACAAUCUCUUGCACCUGGCAGUCGUAUGUCCCCCGAGGAUGAAUCUCUCACCAAUGUUAGUCAAACAGUCACUGAAAGUGUAUCGUCGAGAUCUGUUAGUCAUGCCUCUUUUGAAGGGGAUAGUUCAUCUGCCGGCAUAUGUGCAUUAGAGGGACGAGAACCUUCGGUCUCAGAUGAGGUACCAUCUGCAUCACCUGCAUCCGAUAGGUACACCCCUGUUGAUGAAGUGACUUUAAACUCUCUUCGUGAUAUUGUUCAUGAAGGACCAUCAAGGUCUCCAGUUCUUGACAUUUAUAGGUCUAUUGAUGGAGACACUCUACUUCCUUACAGUUAUAUUCCAGUUGCAGGAGAGCUUCCAAUUCUUGGCAAUUACACAAUGACCGAGUAUGAUUCUCUGGUACUUGACGACAACGCAAUUGCAGGGAAAUUUCCAGCUUCCAGAAGUCCUGGAACUUCAGAAAAAGAUUCUUCACUUUUUGAUAACCACAACCAUUCUGAAGUUGCAGGACUUCCCAUACUUGACAGCCACACAGUAACCGCAGGAAAGCCUCCUUUGCCUGAUGUGGGUAGAAGUCAUACGACUGAGAAAAAGACUCCAUUACCUGACAGCCUCGUUUAUUCUGAAGGCGAGUCUCCCUCUCUUGACAGAUGCAUAACUUUAACAGAAGAGUCCAUAGGCCAAACAUAUUUAAGUUCAGAAUCUCUAACUUCUGACAGUCAAAUGACUGCAGGAGAAUCUUCAAUGACUGGCAGCCAUACAACUUCUGUAGGAAUAGUUUCAAUACCUGGCAGCUCAAAAACUCCAACAGGGGAGUCUUCAUUGCCUGACAGCCAAACAACUGGAGAGGAAGAAUUAUUAAUGACUGGCAGCCUUUCAACUUCUGUAGAUGAACCUCCAAUUCCAGGCUGUCAUAUAACUUCUCCAAUACCUGACAGCCACACGACAACAGAGAGAGAGUCACCAAGCCCUAGCAGUCGUGCUCCUUCUGUAGGAGAGGCUUCGACUUUUGACAGCUACACGACAACAGAGAGGGAAUCACCAAAGCCUGGGAGUCAUACUCCUUCUGUAGGAGAAGCUUCGAUUUCUUACAGUCACACGACAACAGAGAGGGAGUCAUCCCUACCUGGGAGCUGCGUUUCUUCUGUAGGAGAGGCUUCAACUCUUGACAGUUGCACGACUACGGAGAGGGAGUCACCAAAGCCUCGCAGCCAUACUGUUUCUGUAGAAGAGGCUCCACCUUCUGACAGCCACACAACUAAAGAGUGGGAGAUACCAAGACCUGACAGCCAUACUCCUUCUGUAGAAGAGUUUUCAACGCUUGACAGCCACACGACUACAGAGAGUGAGUCACCAAGGCCUGACAGCCGUGCUCCUUCACUAGGAGAGUCUCUCACUCCUGACGCACAGACAAAUGACGAUAAAGUUCUUUCAUCUCCUGACAGUCUAACAACUUCUGAGGAAGAAAUUUCAACACCUGAGAGCCGCAUAACCUCAGUUGGAGAUUCUUCACUGACUUACAGUCACGCUGCUAUGGAACGGGGAGAUAAAGAGGAGACGGCGAGUCUUCGUAGUGAGACGGAUAUAGAAGGAGAGUCACAGAGCUCUGCUGAAAGACCAACCGUGGGGAAAGAGGACAAGGAAAGCCAGUUUAGCACGGAGGAAAGUCCUGACAGCCAGGCGGCGCCGGAGGGGGGAGUAGGUCAGGCACCAAGCACUGACGUCCAGGCGUCCUUAGAUGGGAAAACGGAAAAGGAGUCAGCACCUGAGAGUCAUAUGAUGGUGAGACACAAGGAAAGGGAAUCCACCGGUGAUCACCAUAAUGACAGCCUUUUAUUUGUAAUGAGAGAUGGUCGAGCUUACAUCCAGCAGGGCGUACAGAGGAUCCAAGGUCCCACCCAGAUGAUGCCGUAAGUAUUUAUAUUGUUUGUAUUAUCUGUUGAAAUAGAACUUACCACAAAGUUUCACCUUCCUUUAGGCCUUUUUUCCAUCAGACAUAAUGAAAUCAAAAAAAUAAAAUUGAUGAAAUCGGAAAUUAGAAGAUGAGAUCGGAUAAAAUAUGUGCAAGAAACAGUUUAAAUG